GAUGACGCACAGAGAAUUUUCAGGAAGGUUGCAAAACAAUUGCGUCAGAAACUUGCGCACUUCUAUCGAGAAAGGUGAACGAGGAACAUUGCUCUCUCGGUUGAUACAGGAUAAUAUACAGCAACCAUGCUGGUGGCCAGGCUGACGUGCCUGAGGAGUCUCCCCUUAGCCGGGCUCCGUCCCGUGCUGACGCAGGGCUCCCCGGCCCUGAGAACAUCCACCCUGAAAGCCUGCCCACCCCUGCUCAGGCCCCAGCAGGGUUUCUCCUCUAAGGUCAGAUUUGGGUUUCGCCGUGGGAGGACAACCAGAGACCAGCUCAAAGAAGCAGCUUUUGAGCCAGCAACAGAUACCGCCAUUAGAAUUGACAGUAUGGGAAGAAUGAUUCUAGCUGGAGGUGCAGUAGUUGGUCUUGGAGCUCUGUGCUACUAUGGACUUGGCAUGUCCAAUGACAUUGGUGCCAUUGAGAAAGCAAUGAUCUGGCCUCAGUAUGUGAAGGACAGGAUCCACUCCACCUACAUGUACUUUGCAGGCAGUGUUGGACUGACCGCUCUGUCAGCUGUAGCUGUGAGCAGGACCCCAGCACUAAUGGGUCUGAUGAUGAGAGGAUCCUGGCUGGCGAUUGGAGCAACUUUUGCAGCCAUGAUAGGUGCUGGCAUGCUUGUCAGGUCUAUUUCAUAUGAGCACAGCCCAUUGCCCAAACACCUUGCUUGGAUGCUUCAUGCAGGUGUCAUGGGUGCUGUCAUUGCCCCCCUUACUCUCCUUGGGGGGCCUCUGAUGAUGAGGGCCGCCUGGUACACAGCAGGCAUCGUGGGAGGUCUGUCUACUGUAGCUGUGUGUGCCCCAAGCGAGAAGUUCCUCAAUAUGGGUGGGCCAUUGGCUGUCGGCUUUGGAGUGGUCUUCGCUUCCUCCAUUGGGUCGAUGUUCCUGCCGCCCACCUCCGCAUUUGGAGCAGGGCUUUACUCAGUGGCUGUCUACGGAGGCCUGGUCCUGUUCAGCAUGUUCCUACUCUAUGAUACACAGAAAGUCAUCAAGAGGGCUGAGACAUACCCAGUCUAUGGCGUACAGAAAUACGACCCAAUCAACGCGUGUAUGGGAAUUUACAUGGACACGCUGAACAUCUUCAUGAGGCUGGUUAUGAUUCUGGCCAACGGCGGUGGCAGCAGAAGGAAGUAAACAGCAGCAUUCUGCCUGCAGCUUCAGUUAUAUCUUUCACAGAACUGAACAAAGUCAUGUUUUAUUACUAGCAGCAUACACUGGGUGUUAUCUUUUAGUGGCAAUUCGUAUCUAACUAGUAAAUAAACAUGAAUGCUUUGCAAAUGUGCAAAGAUCCAGAAGACAAAGUUGUACAUUGAUAAAACACAGACAGAGCUCUUACCUUGAUUGUGGAAGAAUCUGGUUUAUCUGAGUGGUUACAGAUGGAUUAAAUCUGUCUGUCAGCAUAACUUUGCCUGCCGCAGAUAUUCUUCGUAUUGAACGUUAUGUUUUCUAUUUAUUUUCUCUUGAAAGUUCAAGAAUCUUUGUCGUCAAUACUCAACAAAUUACUAUUCUGUAUGUACUUGCUCCAUAUACACUGAUAUUGCACUUCUGUGAUGGGUUAAAGAGGUUGACAGUAGUUCUUUUAUUUCUGAGAAAAUAUACAGUAAUUUCAACAAUGGAAGCACUCAAUAAACAAGUAAAAAGUGA